GUGCUGCGGAGCGGCGGGGCGGGACCGGCCCGUCCUCUCGCGAGAGCGCGGCGGGCUCGGCCGUGCCCUUGCGGCGCCAUGGCGGGGUACUGGGACGGCCCCGAGGGCGAGGACUGUCCCCGCCGCACCUGGCUCACCACCCGGCUCGGCGCCGCCGCGGGCUUGGUGGGGACGGCGUACCGGAUCAUCCUGCUGCAGCCCGGCUCGGCACUGGCCGCCUUGCAGAUGGCAGCGACCGACACGGUGACCAUGGCCACGCUGGGAGCUGUGUUCGGCGCCACGACCUGUCUCACUGCCCAGAUCCGCGAGAAACCGGACGACCCCUUGAACUAUUUCAUUGGAGGCUGCGCAACGGGAAUGGUCUUGGGUGCAAGAGCUCACAGUUACAUGACGGGCAGCACGGCGUGUCUGGGCUUCGGAGUUACGGCUGCGCUCAUGAAGAUCGGUAACAAGGAGGGCUGGAGGCUGACGGGCCCUCCCAAGCUGUGAACGGCGCCGUUCCUCCCGGCGAGCUGUCUGCAAUGCUGUACGUAACCAGACGUCAUGUAAUAAAGACACUGUCACAUCA